GAGGGGGAAGUCGUCGAUGAUGACGCUGUGUGGAGGAAGGCGUUGCUCGUCGCUCUCGCUGGGAACCGACUAGAGGAACGGAAAAUGGCGGACCUCGAAGACGUAACGCUGGACGGGAGACCGCUCCAGACCCUCCGAGUGGCGGAUCUUAAGGCGGCCCUGGAGGAGAGGGGGCUCUCGAAAAGCGGCCAGAAGAACGCUCUGAUCAAGAGACUCAAGGGGGCUCUCAUGCUGGAGAAUCUGCAGAGGACUUCCACUGCUCACAUUGGCCUGCAGCCAAACUCUCAGAUUGGUGAGGAAAUGAGCCAGAACAGCUUUAUCAAACAGUAUCUGGCUAAACAACAAGAGCUCCUGAGGCAGCGUCUGGAGAGGGAGGCACGCGAGGCAUAUGAAACAAAUGAUCAAGAGGACCAUGCAGAAGUUAACAAUAGUACCUCAUGUCCUCCUCAAGCCCAGGAUGUCACACCAGCAUUGGCUGAGCAGCACAAGCCACCAGGCCCCUCUAGUGGAGAGGGAUUUUUUGGUGAAGGAAAUGAUGAAGAGGGUGAGAGGAACAACGAGGCCGACAUGUCCAGUCCUCCUGCGUCUGGCUCUGUGGCUAUGCGUGUUCCUGGUGGUGAAAACCGGCCAGAGAGGGGUUUUGCAUCCAGUGAGGUUGCAGCUGACAGCGAUGAUGAGGAUAGUGAUGAAGCAGAGGAGGACGGUGACGAUGAUGAUUGGGACAGCGGUGCUCGAAGAAGAAAUCUCAGAGAGCCAGCCAGAGUGCCCUCCAGCAGAGAGAGGUCUGGAGCAUCCUGUCAACCCCAGCAGCAACACAUCCCUUCCCUUUUGUCUCCACAGCUCCGCCAACCAACACCUCCCCCCUCCCCACCUCCAGAGUUAUCAUUCCCCUUGCCUGACACCCCUAAACAGAGCCCCCCUAGUCCAGAUGUAGCUCCCCCUAGGCACUCACCCAGUACCUCCAGCUCUGGCUCCUCUAGCAGUGGCAGCCGCAGCAGCAGCCCAGAGCCACAGAGGAGUGGACAUAAUGAGCGCAAACCAGGCCCAUUGACCCUUCUGGCACGUAAAAUGGAGUCAGAAGGUGCUUUCUCAGGGGCAGGUUGGCACGGCGGUGAGGGGGAAGGUGAUAGGCACGAUAGCAGUUUGCCUUCAGCCACAUUGUUUCCUAGAGGAGGACCUCCAGAGGGUCUGGUAUCUGCUAUCACUCACACAGCCAACACUGCAGGCCAUAUGCCAUUUCCCAUGAUUCCGGGCACCAACCAAGGUGUCCCAGGGACACAUUCUACCCAUAUUCAAGUACCUGUGAGUGUGCUUAAAGCCACUGCAACAGACGAGAGGGACAGACAGAGGGGCAUGGAGAUGGAAAGAGAAGAGCUUGAAAGACAGGAACGGCAGAGACAACUUGAGCAAGAAAAAGCAAUGGAGUUAGAGCGGGAAAGAGCUCUUGCACUAGAGCUUGAGGAAAAGCAGAGGGCUUUGGAGAGAGAGCGUAUUGAGCGACAGCAGGCCUUAGAAAGAGAAGAACGAGAAAAAGCCUUACAGAGGGAGAGAGAGCUUGCUCUUGAGCGAGAGAGAAAGGAGAGGGAACUUGUCCUUGAGCGAGAGAGGCAGGAGAGGGAACUUGCUCUCGAGCGAGAGAGGCAGGAGAGGGAACUAGCUUUGGCUCAAGAGAGGGAGGAACGAGAGCAAGCCUUAGCACGAGAAAGAAAGGAGAGGGAACUUGUCCUUGAGCGAGAGAGGCGGGAGAGGGAGCUGCUAGCUUUGGCCAAAGAGAUGGAGGAGCGAGAGCAAGCCUUAGCACGAGAGAGGGCCCUGGAGCGACAGAAAGAGGUUGAAAGACAGAGGGCUCUGGAGGAAGAGCGUUUACAGAAAGAAAGGGAGGAUAGGGAGAAGAGAGAGAGGGAAGAAAUGGAGAGGGCUAUGGAGCUAGAAAGAGCUAAGGCUUUGGAGAGGGAAAGGCAGGAGAGAGAAAGGGCUCUUGAGCAGGAGAGGGAAAGAGCUUUGGAGGCUGAGAGACGGGACAGGAUUGAAAGAGAGAAGACUUUGGAAAGGGAAAGGUUAGAGAGGGAGAAAGCCUUAGAGCAAGAGAGAAUAGAGAGACAGAAAGCACUGGAGCAAGCGAGACUAGAAAGGGAGAGAGUCCUGGAGCAAGAGAGGGUAGAAAAAGAGAAAGCUUUAGAACAGGAGAGAAUUGAGAAAGAGAAGGCCUUAGAGCGAGAGAGAAUUGAAAGAGAGAAAGCCUUAGAGAGGGAGAGACUUGAGAGAGAGAAAGCCUUGGAGUUAGAGAGAAUAGAAAGAGAAAAGGCUAUACAGCAAGAAAGGUUGGAGAGGGAGAGAGCCCUAGAGCAAGAGAGAUUGGAGCUUGAGAGGAAGGAAAAAGAGAGAAUUGAGCGAGAGAAGAAAGAGAGAGAAAGGGAGGAAAAAGAGAGAGUGGAGAGGAAGGCAGCUCUGGAGAAGGAGAGGAUAGAGACGGAAAGAGCUGAAAAGGAGAGGAAAGAAAGGCUAGAGAGGGAGAAAGCUCUAGAGCAAGAGAAACUGGAACAGGAGCGUGCCUUGGAGAAGGAGAUGAAGGAGAAAGAGAGAGCCCUAAAGGAAGAGAGGGAAAGGACUCUCGAACGCCAACGAAAAGAAAAAGAGGAGCAGGAGAGGGCCCUGGAACAGGAGAAAGAUCAAGCUAGGAUGGCCGAAAAGGAGAGAGAGAGUCACCUCCCUCCAUCCAAACGUGGCCGUGAGAUUGGUUUCACCCCCCUGCCCACUCCUCCCUCUUUCUCCACAGGACCAGCUAGAAAAUUAUCGACUGAGGCAGGAGUGCAGGAAGAUGUCCAUGCUCAAAUACCGCGGAGUGAAAGCCAGGCAGCAGAGUCCAGUGCAACCAUGUCACCAACACCUCUGUCACCACAGUCAUCCUUUAAGAAGUUCCGGUUCUUAAGGGACUCUCCAACUCAGCCACAGCCUUCCUCCACUUCCAUGGUUAUCAAGCGGCCCCGGACCUUCUCUGACACCCCACAGCCCCAGGCCUCACCUGUCCUCUCCCCCACCAGUGUUGUGGAAAAACAACAACAGCAGGAAGGACACCGGCCCUCAGCUGAACAGGAAGAUCGAAAGGUGGAGACAAAACCAGAGGUUAUCGCUGGACCACCAGGACCCACAAAAAAAGAGGCUGCAAAAAGCAUACCAGAGGACAGAGAACAGGCAGAUUCAGUGAAGGCUGAACAUGCUGCCAAGGAUUCCACCCAAAAAUCAAAAGUGGAUGAAAGCAAGAGUCCUUCAAGCCAACUAGCACAGCGGGAUGGUAGGGAUGCUAAGAAGGAAGAGAAACAAACAAGACGAAGAUCAACGUCUAAUGAUUCCUCUUCCUCAGAGUCAGACUCUGAGUCCUCAUCAUCUCGGUCCUCUAGGUCGUCUGCAUCUUCUCAAGAGGAAACUUCCUCCUCCUUCAGAGGUAGAAAGGAGGUGAAACCUGUAAGAGACUCCUCACCACAGCACAGGGUGACUGUGGAGAUUCAUGCUGAGGGUUCUAAAGAACUCCCAAAAGCCUCUCCUCUCAAAAGAGCAAUAUCUGGAGACAUGCGUAACACAACUGCUGAUGGAGACAGUCACAUCAAGAAACCGUUCAUUGAAGCUGCACCUGGAGAGGAGACACAAAGAAAAAGAACAAACAGUGAGAGAGAAGAGGAAAAGGACAAACAAAGGCAGGUGAAGGAGACUGGCAUGGAGUCAGAGAAGCUUCCAGAGAACAGCGAGGAGACACCAAAGGCCUUCUCAGCUCGUAAGAUCUCUCUUAGCAGCAACAAAUUGUCCCCAAGCCCUGGCAGUGCGGAGGGUGAGCAAGAGUCAGGGGCUGCGGCCGGUCGCAAGAGGAGGUGGGGUUCUAGCACAGCUGUCACUGCCAAGAAGCCUUCCAUCAGCAUCACCACAGACUCACUGAAGUCUCUGAUCCCCGACAUCCGACCAUGUCUUGGUCAGGAGGCAAUAGUGGAUCUGCACCCAGAGGAAGCUGUCCUCUCUGGGGUUGAGGAUGAAGAGAGGGAACGCUCUGACCAGGACCUUCAGAUACGUCGCACUGUCACACAGGUGGUGCACUUGGAGAGCCAGGAGAAUGGACAGAAAGAAGUGAAGAGGAGCAGACAUGAGGAGCUGGAGGAGGAAGAUCUUCAGGGAGAGAAAGACAGAACAAUGACGCUUGAAGAGAAGAUGGACACCUCAUUUCCUGGAGCAGUGGAAACCCAAUCACCAUCACAUACCAGCCAUGAUGUAGAAAUCAACACUGUGACCCCUAGUGACACCCUCAUUCGUCGCUCCAUCAGCCAGCAGAAAACGGGCGUCUCCAUCACAAUUGAUGAUCCCGUCCGCACAUCCUGUCAGCCUUCACCGCCUCGUGGCAAAGUCUCCAACAUUGUUCACGUCUGCAACCUGGUGCGGCCAUUCACUUUGGGGCAACUGAAGGAGUUGCUCAGCCGAACAGGCACCCUGGUGGAGGACAGCUUCUGGAUUGAUAAAAUCAAGUCUCACUGCUAUGUCACUUACUCGUGCUCAGAGGAGGCUGUUGCCACACGGGCAGCUCUUCAUGGAGUGAAAUGGCCUCAGAGCAACCCAAAAGUCCUUAGUGUGGACUUCUGCCAGCAAGAUGAGCUGGACUUCCACAAAGGCCUGGUGACAGCCGACAGAACUGGAGCAGAGGAACAGGGUCCUGGCUCUGGUCGUGGUCGAACGUCAGGCCUGCCCUCUCUCCUCCCUGAGCGAGACCAGUGGGCUGAGCGUGAGCGUGAAAUGGAGCGCCGGGAGAGGGCCAGAGCAGAGCGGGAGUGGGAUCGUGACAAGGUCAGAGAGUUCGGGAAACCCGGGUCAGAGAAGGAGGGAGGUCCUAGAAGGUCGCGCUCCAGAGAGAGAAGACGUAAAGAGAGAGGAAAGAGCAAAGAGAAAAAGACUGAAAAGAAGGAGAAAGCAGCUGAGGAUCCUCCAGCAAAGCUGCUUGAUGAUCUGUUCCGAAAAACUAAAGCAGCUCCUUGCAUAUACUGGCUUCCACUUACCGAUGAACAGUUUAUCCAGCGAGAAACUGCCAGAGCAGAGCGGGCAAAGGAGCGAGAGAAACGGAGGAAGGAGCAAGAGGAGGAGGAGGAGAAAAAAAGGGAAGAAGAGCGCAAGGAGAGGAUGAAAGCUGGAGGUGGCACAACAGGAGACCGGAGUGAGGGUGAGAAGGACAAGGACAGAGAAAGAGACAGAGACAGAGAACGCGGUAGAGACAGGGAGAGGGAAAGGGAAAGGGAGAGGGAAAAUGAUAAACGCAGGGAUGGCUAUCGAAGGCAGGGGGGCAGCGGGGCAGGUGGCGGCAGCAGCCGACGCUCACGCAGCCGUAGCGACCCGCGAGAAAGGCGGCGCUAAUGGCCAACCACCUGAUGGAACUGUCCUAGAGACCACCCGCUUCCAUUUGCCUUUCACUACAUGUACUUUGUUACAACUAAUACCCAACAGAGGACCAACUGAUGUCGUCACCAUCUCUCAAAUUGUCACCUUUUUUAAAGCACAUCUGCACCCACACACAGUCUUGCUUAAAGGGGACCAUGGUUUUUUGCAGUGUUGUUUCCCAGAGUGCUGUACGUCUUGCUCAUGUCAAGGUUUGAUAUAUUUUUUCCUUCUAGAUUUGCCUCUUUUUCUUUGUUUUUAUUCUUUUGACACCAUAGCAGUAUGGCACACUGGGUGAUUUUGAUAAUUUCUCUCAAUGUUACCCACUUACCCCAAAUUGUAGGUGCCAAUUCUAAUUUGCAAUCAAUUGUUGUUGCCUCAGUGUUUUACACUUGAUUUGGAUGAAGAAUCCUUUUGUUGCUGCAUGUAAUUCAAGGCUCUUUUUGCUAGUCCUGCCUACAAUGAAAACUCAGCCCUUGUGCAGAGGCCUGCAAAAAUAUUGGAACAGGUGUGUUUGGCAUUUUGUACAGACAUAGAGAUUACUCAAAAUCAAGUCUUUAAAUGAGGCAGCUCUUGGAUAUUUUUGGACAGGUGUGGAAUAACUAUUAAGGCAAUGAAGUGUUUGUCUCUCCCUCUGCUUAGUGAAGGAGAUGAGACGAAUCUGUGCAUCUCCCCGUCGCACCUGACACAAGUCCUGAUCAUGUCCUUAUGGCUUCUGUUCUCCCUCCCAUCUUUCCUCCUCUUCCUCCAGUUCUUUUAACCUGUUGUGUCCAUACAGGCUCAAGAGCAGAGGUCGCAUUAUAAGUUUUCUCAACAUUGUUUUUAAUAUUGUUUUUUAAUCGUAAUUUUUCAUUUAGUACAAAGGUUUGUUCUCAUUUUUUAAUUUCUUCUUUGAGUACGCCUAUCAGUGGUGAAUGUACAAAUAAUAAAAAUUGAAGUUUGAAA